GCUCCCACCCACCUCCAGCCCCGACUCGACUGUCUCUGCCCGGCCCCGCUGCGACAGGUGUCCGGGGCGCGCCAAGAUGCAGCUGCGGCUCUGGCUCCUUCUCACGGUGCAGCUCGCAGCUCUCCCGGGCAGCUCGGCAUUCCACCAGACGCCUGAGUCUAAAAUGGUUCAGAUCCACGAGACGGUGACCCUGUCCUGUGAUAUGAAAACCUCCACUACCACACGCGUCUACUGGCUGAGACAGCGCCAGGACCCAAGCCCAAAAAGUCACCCCGAGUUCCUGCCUCUAGCCAUCUGGGAUCCCGUGAAAAAGGCUGUGUUUGGUGAGGGGGUGGAGCAGGAGAAGCUAAAUGUGUCUUAUAAUAGGACAUGGUCCACUCUCAGCCUCACAAGGGUGGAGACUUCGGACAGUGGCACGUACUUCUGCAUGACCAUCGGGAACCCCCAGCUGAUAUUCGGGAAGGGAACUCGGCUGAGCGUGGUUGAUGCUCUUCCCACCACUGCCCAGCCCACCAAGAAGACCAAGCUUAAGAAGAAGGUGUGCCGGAUCCCAAAACUACCGAGCCAGAAGGGCUCGUCUUGUAGCUCCCUCACCCUUGGCCUGCUGGUGGCUGGCGUCCUGGUUCUGCUGGUGUCCUUGAGUGUGGCCAUCCACCUGUACUUCCUGCGGAGGAGAGCCCGGCUUCGCUUCAUGAAACAGUUUUGCAGAUGAACAAAGAAUACGCUUUUGGUGCCCUGCAUUGGUCAGUGAUGAGCAACAUCUGGAAAAACGAGAGCGAAGGGACACACUGAAGCAUAGAGGUUUCGCUGACCUGCUGAAGCUGCUUGCCUUUAACUACUGCAAGUUUUUUCUGUGGCCCUCAUGCCUAGCGCAACUUGUUGGUCAUCAGGAUCUUAAAAAGAAGGCUUCAGGGCCCCAGGGCACUUUCUGCAACUCACAGCGUGUUCUGGAGGAUGGAGUGGGAAAUGCCGCAUCGACACAACUUCCGGUUUCUGUACUUGCCAUGGGCUGGGCCGGGACUGUGGUGUCGGCCAUCCAGCCUCCAUUCGCAAGUUGCUUUGCCCUGGUAGGCAGUGACUGCGGGCCCUGGGUUUUUCAUGGGGCAGGGGGCACUGGGAUGGCUCCCCCUUCUUUUUCCAGGCCGGGAUUGACCAUCCUCACAGAGAAUGCCCCAGAGGCCAGGCCCAGAGUGGGAUUGGGCUUCCUGAGAGAGGCUGACAUGGCUCCAAGGCAGUGUCUCAUGGGGAUGUCACUUCGUCUCCCAUUAGGAAGUUUCUCAACUUUCACACCCACUUUCCCAUGGCUCGUAUACUUCUUCUCUCACUUUCUGCUCUCUUAAAUAAAGUGCUGUGGCUGUAAAAAUAAAGUCCUAAGUAAAAGAUGCAGAUGGCUCCUGUGUAGUAAAAGGACAAACGCCUGUCUACAGCAAAGAUGUUGAUGUUCAGCUCAAA